AUGUCUUCUACCUCAAAAAAAUCUAUCUCUGAUAUAUCCGAAACUGUAAAACAUCUUGGGUACGAUAUACGAGAGGUUCGUGACGGUCGAGGAAGUAGUGCGGGAUCUCAGAAUUAUACUGGCACUAUUUUCGAACUCUGGAAAGAAAUUGAUGCAUUGUUCAACUCACGAAAAGCAGUCUAUGGCGAGGUUGUAUCCAAAGGUAGCUGCUCCACCCGUCUGCAUAAUGCUCUCAAAAUCUUUACUUCUUCGACAACCUCGCCAAAUUCUGAUCCUUGUUGA